AAGACAGCUGUAUUUAUUGACAGCUCCAGUGAUAAUACAGGCUAUAGCAGCCCCUCUUGAAAUCCAACACUUAACCAUACUCUCUGGAAUUAUUCAAACAAAAAUGGAUGAGGAGUUUGUCCCACUUCGAAACAGAGAAAACUGCAGUCAGGAGGAUGGUUUUGCUGGAGAUGAUGAGGACAGCGUAGAAGAGAUGGAAGAAGAGGAUUCAGAUCUCAGUGAUGAAGGUUAUAAGUGUGGCUCAGAGGGGGAGAGCGGCUGGGGGUCACUUCCUGAUGUGUGUUUGAGGCAAGUGUUUGGCUUUCUUUCUGACACUGAUCGCUGUCGUGCAGACCUGGUAUGCCAUUACUGGCACCGUGUCAUGCGCUCUCCUUCUCUCUGGCGCUCCCGUUUCUUCCACUUCAAUGGACGACUGUCUAAAUACAAGCAGUCUGAAUACUGCUCUGCUUUAGCCUAUGCCCGUUCUCUGGGAGUCUACCUGCAGAGGCUGGAGGUGUGUGUGUGUCCUCCACGUAGGUGCUUAGUAGCCCGGCGACUGGAGCUAGCCAUCAGCGGGUUGUUGUCUGAGCUGACCAGAGUAAAUGCCCCCCUGCAGCAUUUGUCCAUCGUAAGGCUGGAGUUGGAUAGGACCUCCUGGACUUUAGGGCUCAGAAACUCUUUAGUACACUGCCUGAUUCUCUUCCUUCGCAGAGGAUCCUCAAAGCUCACCUCUCUCUGUCUGAGCGGGAUGCGAAACUGCAUGCAUCAUGGUCUGGACCUGCUCUCUGCCCUGUCAUACUCUCAGAGGCGCCACUACCCCCGGUGCUAUAUCUUGUCUCUGGACAUAAAGGGAUUCUUUUCUGCUUCUGUGCACGCCCACCGUAACGCCACCUUGCAGCUUACGAUGUCCCGCCUGCAAGGCCUCACCAACCUAAACCUGAGUUACGCCUGCCUGUCAGAUGAGCUGCUAGCGGUUCUCCAGCACAGACGCAGGGAAUGGAGAAGCUCAAGCAGAGAUGGGAACACCUUGCAAACAUUUUCACUGUACUGCACUUUGAAUGAGCCCCAUCGACAGGUUGUGAGUGGUGGCUCAUGGGCAACUUUGACAUCAAGCUGCCCAGACCUGAAAGUCAAGCUUACGGUGGACCAAGUCAUCAACACUAACUGGCUUGCAAGGAUACUGCUGCCUGAGAUUCCCCUGACUGAAUAUACCAUGACAGCUUUCUACUCCCCUGACGAAGUCUGGAGCGGCAAGCCUCUCGUCCGUUACAUGCUGCCUCAAUACAGAAGCAGUCUGGAGCAUUUGACCCUGGACCUGAGCAACUGCAAUGACUCGCUGGAUGAGGAUCUGCUGGAACUGGUUAAGAUGUGUGAGCGUCUAGAGCAGCUGAGAAUCUGGGCUUUCCUGGAAAUCAGCACUGUGGAGAAGCUGCUGCACAUCAGACUGACACAGAGGAGCUUACUCAACAAGAUCAGAGUGAGAAUCUACUCAGUAAACGACGACGUCGGAGAACAGGAAGACCAGCUGGAGGAAAUACUGUUGUCCCACCCACAUCUUCCUCCUGAACUGGAGUUUUAUGCUAUCAUAUACCCUUUUGUUGAUCAGUGAUCACAUGCAAAGUUGUGUGCAUACUGAAAAAAUAAAAAAA